AUGCAACGUUUGCCGCAAAUUCGGCCAACUGAUUCGAUCCUCUCCUUUCCUUUCCAGCUCGAACCAAAAGCCUUCAAACGCAGCUGCCAAGAACUGAAAAUAUCCACCAGUCUGCAGAUGAAUGUCCUUCCGAAUGAACUUUUGGAUAAUAUGGAGGUAGACUCUAAUCUGAUGCCAACUGCUACUCCAGGGACUCUCGAUGAGGUCCUAACUCAAGCAGGCUUGUGCGAUAACUUUCACUUGGUUGAAAACAGUUCAUUCACGUACCUCAAAUUUUAUAGCCCAUCCGAGAUUGACUCCACCGUCAUUGCUUCAAAAGAAUAUCUGGCAACUCUUUGUGUUGCCUGCGGCAUCGACUUCACUAGUCUUGAACAGGGGCAGAAACUUGAGAGCAGUUUGGUGGAGACAUCAGGCCACCGUGCCAAAAAUUCAGUUGGGAAUGCGGAGAACAAAACCAUGGAAUGCAUGCCGCGAUCUGUUCUUGAGAAGCAGGUCAUUGCACUGGACAGAUUUAUCCGUGCCGUCAAGUUCUCUGGAGAACCACAGACAGUUCAGACAAAUCUUGGUUGCCUCGAAGUUACUCAGUCCGAGUUGCAAAAUAGUCGCGCCUACAUUCUCAAAAUUGAGGACGAAAUUGCUGAAGGCCGGAAGUACCGCACCCAAUCCAUCAUCCGCAACCAGAGGCAUUCGUACAUGAUUGAUGACCUGCGGCUUCAAGUUUCUGACUCGUAUGCAGAGGCAGAGAUACGGUGUCGGCAGGAACGGUUGCAGCUAUUGAAGAGGAUAGAAGAGCUAGAGUUGCAACUGGGUAAAGAUGAGUCAAUGAAGCAAGCAAAGAGGAUUGAGGAACUGGAGAUUCAGGUAGCACGGGAAAAGUUGGUUCGUGGAAAAGCGGCACAUAUUUUACUCAACAACCACGACCCUUUUGCCGCCAAGGAUGAAGCACUCACGUUAUUGAAGCCUGCUUUGGUCAUAAAGCUGCCACCUUCCUUGAAAUAUGACCUCAGACCCAUUACAGAGAGCUUUCAUCAGGCUCGCGAGAGGCUAUUUCGGAAGCAGAUAGUACAUGAAUUAUUGUUACAGGAAGAUACCUCGAAGUAG